GGAGCCAACAUGGAGGCCGCGGGGCGUCGCUGAGCAGCGGCCGCGCCGCCGCCAUGUCGCUGGGCAAGUACGAGCGGCACUGCGACUCCAUCAGCUCCGACUGCGGGAGCGAGUGCUCGGGCAGGGCCGGCUCGCGCGGCGGCGGCGGCCUGCCCGGCGAGCAGGAGGAGCUGCACUACGUCCCCAUCCGCAUCCUGGGCCGCGGCGCCUUCGGGGAGGCCACGCUGUACCGCCGCACCGAGGAUGACUCACUUGUCGUGUGGAAGGAGGUGGACCUGACCCGGCUGUCAGAAAAGGAGCGUCGUGAUGCUUUGAACGAAAUUGUUAUCCUUGCUCUGUUGCAGCAUGAGAACAUCAUUGCGUACUACAAUCACUUCAUGGAUAACACCACGCUGCUGAUUGAGCUGGAGUACUGUAAUGGAGGGAACCUCUACGAUAAGAUUCUGCGGCAGAAAGACAAGUUAUUUGAAGAAGAGAUGGUGAUUUGGUAUCUCUUUCAAAUUGUGUCAGCUGUGAGCUGCAUUCAUCGAGCAGGAAUUCUUCACAGAGAUAUAAAGACCUUAAAUAUCUUUCUAACCAAGGCAAACCUGAUUAAAUUAGGAGACUAUGGGUUGGCAAAGAAGCUGAACUCUGAGUACUCCAUGGCUGAGACUCUGGUGGGAACUCCAUAUUACAUGUCCCCAGAACUCUGCCAGGGUGUGAAAUACAACUUCAAAUCAGAUAUUUGGGCUGUGGGCUGUGUCAUCUUUGAACUUCUCACUCUGAAGAGGACCUUUGAUGCUACAAAUCCCCUGAACCUUUGUGUGAAGAUUGUACAGGGUAAUCGGGCCAUGGAGGUUGAUUCCACUAUCUACUCUCGGGAGCUGAUCCAGAUGGUGAAUUCCUGCCUUGAUCAGGAUCCGGAGAAGAGACCUGCUGCAGAUGAACUGCUUGAACAACCUCUUCUCAGCAAACGCAGGAGGGAGAUGGAAGAGAAAGUCACGCUGCUUAAUGGGCCAAGCAAGCGACCAAGGUCAAGUACCAUGAAUGAGGCUCCCAUUGCGGUGGUGACUUCACGCACUAGCGAGGUGUAUGUUUGGGGGGGUGGGAAGUCCACCCCCCAGAAGCUGGAUGCCAUCAAAAGUGGCUGCAGUGCACGCCAGGUGUGUGCUGGUAACACUCACUUUGCUGUGGUGACAGUGGAGAAGGAGCUCUACACCUGGGUGAACAUGCAGGGGGGUACUAAGUUACACGGGCAGCUUGGGCAUGGAGAUAAAGCCUCCUACCGGCAGCCAAAGCAUGUAGAGAAGCUUCAGGGAAAAGCUAUUCGGCAGGUGUCCUGUGGAGAUGAUUUCACAGUCUGCAUCACAGAUGAGGGCCAGGUGUAUGCCUUUGGCUCGGACUAUUACGGAUGCAUUGGCAUUGACAAAGCUCAUGGCUCAGAAGUACUUGAGCCCUUGCAGCUGGAUUUUUUUCUUACGAACCCUGUGGAGCAGGUCUCAUGUGGAGAUAACCAUGUCGCAGUUCUGACCAGGAACAGAGAAGUCUACACGUGGGGCUGUGGGGAGUACGGACGUUUGGGCUUGGAUUCAGAAGAAGAUCACUACACUCCUCAGAAGGUGGAUGUUCCAAAGACCUUGAACAUUGUGUCUGUUCACUGUGGCUGUGAUGGGACUUUUCUGCUCACACAGACAGGCAAAGUUUUGGCAUGUGGACUCAACGAAUUCAAUAAACUGGGCCUGAAUCAGUGCACAUCAGGGAUAAUUAACCAUGAUACGUACUGUGAAGUGCCUUACACCACUUCCCUUACUCUGGCCAAGCAGCUGUCCUUCUACAAGAUCCGUACCAUUUCUCCAGGGAAGACGCACACAGCUUCCAUUGAUGAGCGAGGCCGCCUGCUGACCUUCGGCUCCAACAAGUGCGGACAGCUUGGUGUUGGGGACUAUAAGAAGCGCCUGGGAAUUAACCUGCUGGGAGGCCCCUUGGGGGGUAAGCAGGUGAUCAGGGUUUCAUGUGGAGAUGAAUUCACCAUAGCUGCUACUGACGACAACCAUAUCUUUGCCUGGGGCAAUGGUGGGAAUGGGCGACUGGCGAUGACGCCGACUGAGAGAGCUCAUGGCUCGGAUAUUUGUACUUCGUGGCCUCGGCCAAUAUUUGGAUCUCUGCAUCAUGUCCCUGACCUGUCAUGUCGUGGCUGGCACACCAUCAUCAUUGUUGAAAAGGUGCUGAAUUCCAAAACCAUCCGAUCCAACAGCAGUGGCCUGUCCAUUGGUACUGUGGCUCAGAGCUGCACAACUGGAGGAGGAGAGGAAGAGGACAAUGAAGGGGAAGCAGAGACUCCUGAUCCCAGUGGAGGCUUUCGAGGAACCAUGGAAGCAGAUCGUGGAAUGGGGGGCUGGAUCAGCACGACAGAAGCUAAGGGAGGCGACAGUGCUGACAGCAGCUCCUGCCCUGGCUGGCUGCGCAAGGAGCUGGAGAAUGCGGAAUUCAUCCCUAUGCCUGACAGCCCCUUUCCUCUGAGCAUGGUAUCUUCAGAGCCUGAAAAGGAGACCCUUCCUUACCAGGAACUUCAAGGACUGAAAGGGGCCCCUGAGGAGUCUACUGGAUUCAACAAGCCCAAAACAGAGGCCUGGCCCGCUUGCCGGGGCCCAGCCUUGCCAUGCGAUGGAGAGAAGGCUCUGUCUCCUGUCGCAGGCUGCAUGUGCAGUGCUCUGCAAGCAGAAGUGGUGCACCUCCGGGGCCUGGUCUUACAGUGUCUGGAUGACCAGAAGAAGCUGCAGCAGGAAACCAUUCGUCUGAGCACCCAGCUCCAGAGGUUCUGCAGGGGGACAGAGGAAGUGCAGCAGGUGGAGGUUCAUUCCAAAGGAACCCAGACAGCCAAAGAGGAGAUGGAAGUAGAUCCAAAACCUGACUUGGAUUCAGAUUCCUGGUGUCUCCUGGGAACGGACUCGUGCCGCUCCAGCCUCUAGUCUCCUGAGCCCACUGGGAUCCAUCUAACUUCACAGCACACUAACCGAAUGCAGAGAGCGGCUUUCCUGGCUUCAGGUCACUUGCAGACAAGGAGCGAGGCCGGAGGCUCCAGAGCAGCACCCAUGUACGUUUGAUAUGAACUAGGAGUGAGUUUGAGAGGGGGAGGGCCCCUGAGUUCCAGGCCAGCUCAGUGAUUGAAGCAGCAGCAGCUCCUCUUUGUACCUCAUCUGUCAAUUUUGCACGAGGCAGAACAGCCCCGUCACGGCGAUGGCUCCAGUAGCAGCUUGUGGCCUUUUCAUUGUUUCACUGCUUCCUGGGAGCUGCCUUUGGGACCCCAGUAUUCAUCACUGCAUUUCUAGAUGUGAGGAGGAGGAGGAAACAUGUUUUUACCAAAGCAGGCUGAAUCUGAACACUUGCCACCUUCACUGUAGAAGGGUGAAGGACUUGGACCCUCUCCCUAGCACACGGUAAGGCCCAGCCGGUGAGGCUGUUCUCCUCUGUUCAGGGGCAGAGGGAGCAGAGAACGUCUCGUUCUGGAGGCAGCGGAGAUCUCCCUGUUAGGGAGAUAAUGGCAGACAGCAUGUCCCUGGCCUUGAGGCAUAACUUCUGGCCCUGUGGCUGUGUCCAGUGGCCAGUGUGGAGAGAGUUUAAAGGCUUUAUUCUGGGAGCCGGGAGCUUUCCACCUUCCAGGCACUGCACAGAGACAAGUGAAUCGGGUGCAGUUUCCAACAGCAGCAGAAGGGACUGUCGGAGAUGGGAUCUCUGGUACCCAGUUUCAGACCACCUGCUCUCUACCCAGAUGACGAGCGUCUGGGUCUCAGACUAAGUCACACGUUUUUUCCUCCAGCUCAACUUGGUUUGGGUGCCAGAGCUUCUGGUUUCUUGGCAUAAGCCCAUAGCUGCCCCCUGCUUGGCUUCUGUUCUGCUCAGCCCCUGGCACCCAUGUUCUGUGUGGGUGUGGGAAGAAUCAGUAUUUUUCCACUCAGUGUUUUGAUGAAGCUGGAAUGUAGUUUCCUACCCAGAAUAGGUCAUUAAUGCCGUGGUCACAGGAUGCAGCCUUUUCCAGUGACCGUGGAUGAUCAAGUCUCUGGCCGGAAUUCACCCUCUUUCUAGAAACAAGAGGCUUUCCCAAGGAAAUUGGAGAUGGGAAGAGGCAUGGUCUGAUGCUCAGAAUUACCUCAUUUCCCAUUAGAUAAUGAGGUUAAUUUUAUUCCCCUUACAUUUUUUUAGUAAACUGAUUUUGGACUAAGCCUGUGGGAUUGGUGGGGCCCCCAGGAGCAGCUAGCCUCCCUCCACCUUAUUUGAAGUCUCUAAUGAGUCCUGAGUCCCUCUCUCCAUUGCUGUGAGAGUGGGAUUGUGAUUUUUGUUACCCUUAAGUCAUCCCCGUCACUAGAAUUGCCUCGGAUCUGUUGGAGAUGGGGAGAUACCACUUCUCCUAGAGAUGCCACUUCUCCUAGACCUUUUCCUUUGAGAGACUUCUUGAGGACCUAGCGUUCCCCCUUUGUCUCUGGAGGUGAAUGCCAAGCUAUUCUGCUUGUCGUUAAUGCUCCUUAAAGACUUUCUCUGGUGCCUGUUGCUAGUAUCUUAGAGCUCAGUCGAGUGCAGUCUCUACAGUGCAGUGUUCAGGGCAAGGAUAAUACCAGCGCGUUUGUCCGUGGUUACUGAAGAAAGGGCAGCAGGACUCCUGGGAGGUGGCAAGCGUCGUGCCCUGGGUUGCCCUCGUGACUCUGCCCUCUCUUUCCCCAUGUGCGUUGGAGCCAGUUCUCAGGUUAGGGUCCCAGCUUGAUGGUGGUUGUUGCCAUUGGAAAUGAAUGAGUUGGUCAUGUCGCAGCAGUGCCUUUGAGGAGCGAGGAGCUGAGCCUGAGCUGUGUCCAGUAAGCAAGCAUCGAGCAGAUGGGAGUCGCUCUCCUGCAGUGCACUGCUAUCCUCAUUUCUCAAUGCUCUGCAGUUGGGAAGCUAGGUGCACAGACUGGAUUCCCCUUGGAUCUAGUGGAGGAUCGGGGUCCCUGACAGAGGAUGCCCUGUGCUCCGCAAUCUCAUACGUGCCUUAGAGGAUUCACGCUAUCCAGGUUGUGCCUGUUACAGACCACAGAUUUCACACCAGCCAGCUAUGCAACCAAAAAAGCAGUUUAAAGCCAGCACCUUUGUCUUGAGCUGAAAAUGGAAGGGCAAGUGGGCAGAAGUGCGUCUGAGCAGUUCCAAACCCUUUUGACUUCUCCCCUUCUUGCAGUGCUAGCUCCGUAUGUGUCAGUCUCCUGCUAGUAUUGCUACUGAGUUGUUAUAGUGAAACACAACUUACGCCUGCUCUGACACUCUGGCUGAAAAACUAGUUUGUCGUUGUCUUUUUUUGAAAGGUUAAAGGGUGGAGUGGUUUGGAGUUUCUGUUUAAAUAAAUGUUUAAACUCA